AUGGAGGAAGGGAGAGGUAAAGGGAGUGUGAAUUCAGCAGAUGGUAGCUCACCUCCGCUACAGACUUCACAGGACAGAGCACAAAGGGUGUCUUUGACUCUGGAGUAUCUCUUUUGUGUAUGAAUGAGCCAAUUAGAGAAUGGUGGGACUGUCAUCCACUGCCCGUGAAGCAAUGGAGGUGUUGGUGAGUGAGCUGGGCGUGCUGCUGAAGAUGCUGGACCAGGAGAACCUCAGCUCCACUACCCAGGAGAAGAAGACCUCAGUGCGGAACCUCCUGCAGCAGAUAGAGCCAUCAGUGUCAGGAACAGACUAUAUCUACAUGAACUCAUCAGUGUACAGAAAUGGCACGAGCUUUGUAGAGUCUCUCUUUGAGACAUUUGAUUGUGAGCUUGGAGACCUAAAGGAUGUUUCUGAUGAUGUGAAAGAAAACAAGAAUGCACAAACUGAAACUUUGAAAAAGAGCUGUGCCGCCCCACACUCAGCUGACUCGCCACCCCCGCUGCCCACAACCCCUCCUCCGGAGGAGUACUACGAAGAGGCAGUGCCCCUGAGCCCUGGCAAGAUGCCUGAGUAUAUAAUAACAAGAGUAAGGUCCAGCCCUCCUAACUCUAUAGAAGAUGGCUAUGAAGAUACAGAAAACCAAUACCCCACUACCUGCUCAAACUUACGUCGCAAAAACUCCUACAAUGAUUCUGAUGCUUUGAGCAGUUCUUACGAGUCCUACGAGGAAGACGAGGAAGAGAGGAGCCCGAGCGUCCGGCUUACUCAUCAGUGGCCCUCCGAUGAGAGCUCCAUGCCUCCUGCCAGGGACUGUCGCAUUUGUGCCUUCCUGCUGCGUAAAAAACGCUUUGGGCAGUGGGCCAAGCAGCUCACUGUCAUACGGGACAACAGGCUACAAUGUUAUAAGAGUUCCAAAGACAUGUCCCCCUACGUGGACCUGCUGCUGCCCCAAUGCACUGUAGUCUACGUCCCCAAAGACACCAAGAGGAAGCAUCACGAGCUUCGCUUUACCUUACCCAAUGGAGACGCGCUGGUGCUUGCGGUACAGAGCAAAGAGCAGGCCCACACGUGGCUUACGGUUGUCAGAGAGGUGAGCAGUCAGAGCGCAGCGCCCGAGGAAUCGGCAUCUCCUGUCAUUCUCAGAAAAUGUGAACUUGAUAAGAGGUUGUCUGCGGAGAGGAACACAUCGGAUUCAGACAGUGUGGGCGUGUCAGCUGGAGAGAACUGCAGAGAGAAUGGUAAGGUGAAACGGGGUCCUUUUGCUGCGGGGCGUAAGAUCACACGCAUCAUCAGCUUCUCAAAGAAGAAGUCCACUCGGACAAGUGACCCACGGACAUACAGCGAUCCUCGGCAAGGCCAUUUGUCAGUGCUGGUGAACCAGGUGUGGCGGGAGCAGUGGUGCUGCGUGUGCAGAGGUGCCCUGCACUUCUACCACGACAAAGGAGAUCCUCGGAUGUCUCUCCCUUCGCUUCCUCUCCACAGCUGCGAGGUGGUUCCGGGACUCGGACCCAAGCACCCCUUUGCCUUCCGUGUCUUACGGGACAGCACAGAAGUGGCUGCCCUGGAGGCAAGCAGCUCAGAGGAGCUUGGACGGUGGCUCGGUCUCCUCCUGGCAGAAAUGGGCUCUGCGACAGACCCAGAAUCACUGCAUUACGACUAUGUAGAUGUGGAAACCAUUGCUAACAUCCGUGAUGCUGCGCGGCAUUCCUUCCUGUGGGCUACCUCCUCCAGCAGCACCUCCACAGAUUCUAGAACAUACGACGAGGUACCUAACGAGGAUCUGCAGUCAGGAGAGAACCGCAGGCAGCAGUCUGGGAAUACAGGGAAACGGCGCUCAAGUUUCUCAAGCAGCGACUCUGACAGAACCAAGCCAUUAGUCUCCCUGAAGCGAAUAGGCUCACAUACCAGCCAGUACGGAAGGUAUGGGAAAACGCGAGCAGAAGAAGAUGCCAAACGCUACCUCAGAGAAAAAGAGGAGCUGGAGAAAGAGCGAGAUGGCAUACGUAAUGCACUAGUAACCCUCCGACAGCAGAAGAGAGAGCUGAAAGAAGAGCUGAAGACAGCUGCAGAUAAGAGGAAGUCCUUCCUGAACAAGCGUGUGGCUCAGUUGGAGGAGGCCUGUCGAGCUAAAGAGGCAGAGAGGGUGGACCUGGAACUUCGACUGACUCAGGUCAAAGAAAACCUCAAUAAGAGCCUGGCAGGAGGAACCCUGGGGGCAUCAGCGGAGGCUAAACCUCCUGUUCAGGCUUCUAGCAAGAAGAUCCAGAAUAUCUACAGUGAUUCUUUACCAGUAAAUUGUGCCGCAGAGCUGCGUAGGAGGCCACCGUCUGUUUACGCUUCUUGUACUGGAACUGUCAUGCAGAAAGCAAAGGAAUGGGAGUCAAAGAAAGGAACCUAGGAGGACGAGGGAAAUAAUGCAUAUCUGGAAGAGACUUUGGACACUUUGCCUAAAAUUUGCCAUUUAUAAAUGAAAGUCAAGACUUGUUUCCUUUUUGGACUGCUGAGAAACUGCAUAAACAGUAAUGAAAGAAAUCAGCCACUAGGUGGUGGUACAGCUUACUGAAUAUUUCCAAUGACUGCUUACGGUCUGUAGCCAAGUAUUUUCACUUUCUGGAAAGGUGCAGUUUAAAAUUUUGGAAAAGGAAAAAAAAAAAUCAAGAAGGGUAAGUUCAGCAGAGAAAGGCAACAUAAAAGUAUGGAAAGCACUACAAAUGAAUAAAAUGUAGUGUGGAAAAGAGCCAGAAAUGUUUAAAUGGUGUCGUGAGGGGAAAAAAGAAGACCAAAGCAAUGUGACGUAUUGGAAGCUUUGAGAAUGAAAGACAGUUUAAGCCAUGAUGUGCCUUUUAGGUGAUAUAAUCUUUUUUGUUUUGCCUGUACAUAAUGAGCGCCAACUACUGUUCUAUAUGUGUUUGUACUUAAAAUACUGUACAAUGUUUCAUUUCUCAUCAUAAGUGUGCAAAAGCUUUAGGCACACUUUUCCAAGGUAAUUGGCAGGUAUGUUCCUCUGGGGGUUCAGGCUCUCUGAGUUGCAUCAAGUAAUCCCAUAGUGACUCUCUAAUCUUCAGAUAAUGCCAUCUGCUGCAGCAGUCUCUCUAUUUCUUGAUGUUUUUUUAAUGACUCCGCAGUGGCUCAUAUCCCUAAUGUUGCUACUCCUUUUAAGUGCCUAAAACUUUUUGUGCAUUUUUCUACCUGAAGUCAGUAUUCGGGUACGUGCCAUAGAGGAGUAAAUCCAUGCUUGUCCUGAUCAACCUCUUUGGCACACAUUUAAAUACAGCUGAAUACUUACAUUACAGAUCAUUGAGUUACUAACAAAGUGGUGCUAUCAGUGAUAGAAAUCUGUCUUUUCCUUUUAAUGAAAUCAUCAAAUGUCAUUUUAACACCUUCCUUACCAAACCUGUGGUCGCCUGUUGCACUUUACUGUUCUCGUACCCAAGAGGGAAUAAUAAAUGUGUGUCUUAUUUUCCCAAACAAUUCCUGUUUAAUUAACUUGUUACUAAGCACAGACUGAAUUUCCUUCUCAUAUAAAUGCACCGACACAUUCCAGUCACUGAUGUAGUCUUUUAAUUUCACAUUGUACGGCGAAACAUAAUCAUACAGUAUAUGGUCUCAUGCAAACAAUGCAUAGCAACCAACUGUGUGGUGCUGUUCAGCAUCCUAUUCAUUCUAAACUCUUCCUCAUUUGAUCUAUGGAUUGGUCAGUAGACAAUACAGGCUUUGCAUUACCACUCUUACAUGCUGAUGUGCUGGGAGCCAACUCUUUGCACACAAUCAAUAACGGCCUUUGUUGCAGAGCGUAGUCCGGACCAAUUGAUUUUUCGCCAUCCAAUAAAUAAGCUGUGUCAGGUCCGUUCGUAAUCAGACCAUGGUGACUGGUGUUGGAUCUUAAAUGAGGAGGUAGAGCAGCUUCAGGUUGGUGAAAUUAAGCUUUCCACGGCUUGGAAUGAGCACUUACAGAAAGAGAUAAUAAAGCCAGUACAGGAUAUUGACAAAGAGGAAUGCUGUGGGGAAAACUGUGCGGGCAUAGCGAUCAAUGUUGUGUGGAUUUUCCACAAUGAAGACAGAUGCCGCCUUACGUGAUGCGUCUCUCACUGACGACAAGCCGCAGCCCUGAUUUGGCGCCUUCUCUUUUGUUCCUGUAUGGUUCUUGGUGUCGCUGUUCGCUGACUGCUCCGUGGAGUCCUCUGCGGUGGAGCCGAUCUCCACGGACUGAUUUGGUUGGCUGGAGCUGACGAUGGGGAUAGAGCCAUUUCCAUUAGACUCGCUGAGCUCCCUCAGAAGGUCCUGUUACAUGGACAGAUAAACCGAUGGAUUGAUGUUUACAGUAACA